AUGGCGUCGCAAAUGUCGGAUGCUGCCCAGGUUUCGGCUUCGUCAACCUCGAGCAACGGAAGUGACUCCAAGUCCAACACGCCUGCGCCUUCAGCCUCUACUUCCAGUACCUCUCAGCACAGCUCAGCCGAGGACAACCUGACGUGUCGCUGGAACUCUUGCAACCAGAAGUUUUCCAGUCCCGAUACUCUUUAUGAACACAUCUGUGAACGCCAUGUUGGCCGCAAGAGCACCAACAACUUGAACCUCACAUGCCAGUGGAACUCUUGUCGCACAACUACUGUCAAGCGUGACCACAUUACCUCUCACAUCAGGGUUCACGUUCCUCUCAAGCCUCACAAGUGUGAAUUCUGCGGCAAGAGCUUCAAGCGCCCUCAGGAUCUGAAGAAGCACGUAAAGACCCACGCUGAUGACUCUGUGCUAUCUCGCCCCGGCCAGGAUCACCAGGGUCUCAACUACAGAACUCAAGGGUCCAAAGCACCAAGCUAUUAUGAUCACAACGGCCAAAUUCGCUCCGGUGGCUUUUCGCACCAUCAAGGCCAUGGCUACUACGCGCCUCAACCUUCAACUGGUUAUGGCCUGUAUUUCAACCAGCCUCCCAUGAACACGCCCCGUGCUGAGCACAUUGGUUACAGUGCUUCCGCUGCUGGUGGUGGUUAUGAUCGCAAGCGAGCCUACGACAUGGUCGACGACUUCUUCGGCAACGCUAAGCGUCGCCAGAUCGACCCAUCCUCGUAUGCCCAGAUUGGACGAUCUCUCAUGCCUCUCCACGGUUCCCUCUCUAUUCCUAACGGCCCCAUGACUGCCACCGAACAGUACAUGCCUCAACCAGCACCCGCCAUGGUCCACGGCGGCCCUGCGCCGACGCAGAACCCGCUUGCUCAGCAGUAUUACUUGCCUAUGCCUAAUGCCCGAACGCAGAAGGAUCUUGUACAGCUCGACAACCUCCUCGGCCAGAUGCAGGAUACCAUCUACGAGAACGCCAGCCAUGCCACCGCCGGUGUCCACGUCCAUAACGGCGGCGAGAAUCACGGUUUCGGCGGUUACCGACACAGCCAUUCGCCUACUGUGCUCCAGCGUGGAUCUCCUACUCACCUCCCCGUGUCGGCUGACGGCUAUCACCCAGUCUCUGCUGCUAACAUGGCCUCGCCUCUUACUGCCAUUUCGUCGACUGGCACUCCCGCAGUAACACCACCUUCGAGCUCCAUGUCCUACACCUCGGGUCACUCGCCUAGCCCAUCUGCCUCGUCCGGGCUCUCUCCUCAGUCUCGCCACAGCAGCACAACCACUUCGUCUGUCAUGUACCCAACUCUCCCUACCAGUCUUCCCGCUGUCAGCCAGGGAUUCAGUUCCACCACGGCUGCCCUCGGUCCCAGCUUUGACAGCAGCGAGCGUCGCCGAUACUCUGGUGGUAUGCUUCAGAAGGCUCGAACGAUUCCUCCUAUUCGCCCUGCAGAGGAGACGAGUGGUCGCACUACGCCCAAGGCCAGCGAAUCCGCUCUUUCUGUUGGGUCUCCAUCGUCUGAGUCGGACAGCAGUGAGGCCAGGGAGCGCGAGGAGAACUAUGACCGUUGGUUGGAGAAUAUGCGUGUCAUCGAGACCCUGCGGGAGUACGUCCGCAGUCGCCUGGAGCGAAAGGACUUUGUCGGCGAAGUCGAGGCCGAGGCUUCCCGAAGAGAUGGCGAUGCCAUGGAUGUGGAUAUCAAGAGUCCUGCGAGACAGCCUAUCGGUCUACGUGACGGCGGCUCUUCGCUGUAUCCCCGUCUGCCGGUUCCCGGUUCUUAA